AUGGAUUUGCUUUUGCGCCUAUUUGCAUUCGUUGCAGCCCUAAUAUUUGACUCCAGUGCUUCGACACGGUACCAGUUUGGCUUCAUCCGUGUUGCUUGCAUAGCGGUUGACGCCAUUACACCGUUUUUUAUUGCAGGGGAAGCUGCAAAACCGAGAGGAAGAAUGUCUGAUCAAAACUUCAGCACUCCUCGUUCUGACGAGAGGGCAUCUCACAAAGAGGGGCAGCACUCGUUUUCCGCCCACCAGCCUGCCGACCACUCUACUGAAGCCCAGACAACGUGGCAGCAAUCUCUGGAGCCACCAGCAACCCACCCACCAUCUAAUAUGGAGGCGGCAGACUCCUCUCCUGGCAGCUUAGGAGGGGUUUCCAAUGAAUCAAUCCUCAAUGACCUGAGGAAGCAUGGCACUCAAAUGACAAAAGAAGAACGAAAGCAAGCAGAGGAGAUUUUAAAGACCAAGUACGGAGCUAUCGACACUCAGGAGAAAGGAGGAACAUAA